UGUUUCAAACGAAACCUUAAUUGCUAUCAUUUUAAAUAUAAAUAAUUGGAUAUUAGUUUUUUGUCAAAUUCAAAUUAGAAUGUCAUAGCCCUUUUAUGCAUAGGUAAAAUUGGACGGUUAGAUUUGCUAGAAAGCCGAUCAACGAACCGUGUUCAAAACCGGAUCAUUUUCUAGUUUCCCUCCAAGUGAACUUAACUAUAAAUAGGACAAGAGCACCAACCAUAUCUUCUUGGAUCGCUCUUCUCCAUUGCUGAGCUCGAGAUCUUCGUAUUCAGGGAUUCGAAAUUUGGGGUCCAAAUGGAGGUUCCGAAGGCGAUCGUCUCUGUCUCUUCACACCGGUUAGAUCUGGCACCACAGGCAACGGAAUCUCCGAUCUCUGCUCUUUUAUACGAUGUGUCGCAACAAGUACAAGACACCAUACAGAACAUGCUGAAGAUGAAUACUGAAAUUGAACAGAGCUCUGGGGACAUAGUGGAAGAGAUUGAGAAGUCCAAGGAGUCUGCAGGUGCUAAGAGCAAAAUCUUAGAAGAAGAGAAAGAUCGUUACCAGAAAGCUGCAAUGGCUGUGCUGCAGAUGCUCGGUGGCACUGAUAUUCCUUGAGCAACACUCACUAUCAAUUGUUUUGUUUGUUAGUGCUAAGAAGCCCCCAACUCUCACUGAACGUGAAUCAUUACACUGUUCUUAAGACCUUUGGAUGCUUUAUAUUUUGGAUUUACCACUAAGUCAUGUGUGUAAAUGAAACAGUCAAUCUAAACUGCAGUUUAAUAAAAAAUUUAAA